AUGAGUUCCCAAUCGGCACCGUUAACCUCAACGCCGGCAUUCCUGGCCCGGUAUCUAUCACUCACUCAACCGGACGACAAAGUACAGGUAACGUACGUGUUCUCGCACCCGGCUAAAGAUGGUCUUGAGCAUUUAUGCAACAAGAGCAGGGUCAUCGACUUUGUGCCUAAACAGGCCUCAGACCUACCCGUAUGGGACUGCGGGUUAGUCACCGACACCGUCACCGAAAUGGUGUUACGACCCAGCAGGGUCAUCGACUUUGUGCCUAAACAGGCCUCAGACCUACCCGUAUGGGACUGCGGGUUAGUCACCGACACCGUCACCGAAAUGGUGUUACGACCCGUACGGCUAUACAACGACCCCUUCCGUAGGGGUAAUAAUAAGCUGUCGUGUCGGGAGGCUAUGGAGGCGGCUAAGGGAGAGAACCCAUGGUUUGCGUUGGAACAGGAGUACCUGCUUCUGAAUGCCAGCGAUAACUGGCCCCUGGGGUGGCCUAAGGGCGGGUAUCCCGAGAGUAUAUCGUCCCCUAACGUCCACUACCUCUAUGGCGUCGGUGCGAAAAUACAGUGCGGUCGCGAUGUAAUAGAGGCCCAUUUCAGGGCCGGUGGGUGUGAGGGCAUUCGCAUCGGCGACGACGUACUCAUGUCUCGAUACCUACUGCACAGAGUGGCCGAAGACCUACGCAUUGCCGUAACCUUUGACCCGAAACCCAUACCCAAUAUGCCGGGUUCUGGCGCUCACAUGAACUUCAGUACAGAGAAAAUGCGUGCAAAGGGAGGGCUGACGGAGAUUGAGAGGGCCAUCGAAAAGCUGAGCAAAAGGCAUGAGAAACAUCUCGCCCUCUAUGACCCCCACGAGGGCGCCGAUAACGCCCGGCGCCUAAUUGGGUCCCAGUUUUACGGGUCGGAUAUGAAUACGUUUACGUCAGGUGUGGCCAAUCGUGGGGCCAGUAUUCGCAUACCUAAACGGGUGGCACAGGAGGGCAGGGGUUAUAUGGAGGAUAAAUAA